AUGAACCAGAAGCGGCCCACUGAUAAUACGAGCGAAUCUGCAAAGCAUCUAUCCUAUCCCCUAAUGAGAGACCAGGAUGGUUAUCAAAAUUGUGGUUAUGAUCUUGAAGAUCAGUCUUCAAUAGAUGUUGAUUUGGAUAGAAGCGACUUGAGCAGUUCUUCGGAAAAUUCAAAGCGUCAGACUGUUAUUCUGAAGAGCUCAAAGCAACAACCACAAAAUGCCAAUGGUGAUGUCCAAGACUCUCAAGUCAAAGCUGACGAAGACAUCUCAAUGGAAUCUCUGGUUUUCAUCCAUGUAGAGCUACCGCUUUUCCCCCUCUCAACUUUCGUCCCCAAAAUUCUUCAAGAAGCCGUUGCUGCCAAACAUAAUACGUAUGUUUUUUUCUGUUUUCUUUAA